AAACUUUACGGGAGAGAAUGCAUGAACUUUGACCUUUCCCGGAAGCAUACAACGCGAGACAUCCAAACACUGAAUUUGUGAUAAUAUAGUAGUGAAUACUCAAAUUCUGGAAGGAAUAUACUGUGGAGGAGUGACGCAGCUGCUGAAAACAGUUUAAUCUUGUAACACGCAAAAACAUGUAGGUUUCCAUACAUUCUGGUAUUCGUUGAAUGAAGCACACUGCUGAAUGACUUGACUUGGAGUACUUGUAUCCGCUUGAUGUCAAAAUGCCUCCAAGCACAGAACUCCUUCAUCCUGACUACAGAUCAGUGUCCUCCAUGAAGCCACAAAUUGCACUCCUGCUACAGCACAUACAGAUGCCCAUCCUGUUAAUUACAAGAUUUUUUCCCAAGCAUCACCUGGCUCCUCUUCGACACAAUCCCCAGACAUUACUUAGUAAAACCCUUGGUCAUAUCACACUCAUGGAAAACCUGCUGUUCUUAACAUGUCAUGUUGGAAAUUAUUGCAAGGGCAGCAAGUUCGGACACCAAGUACGACAAACUUGACCAAACCAACAAACAGGUAAAGGAGGUGACUGGUCUCCUGAAGGAGAAUGUUGAACGGGUUUUGGACCGAGGUGAAAAAAUAGACCGCCUGCAAGAAAGAUCAGAGGACUUGGAAUCCAAUGCUAUCAACUUCCAGUCAUCCUCCCGACGUCUUCGCAAAAAGAUGUGGUGCAAAAAUUGUAAAAUGAAUUGUAUCAUUGCAGCCGUUGUUUUUGGAAUAAUUGCUGUCAUCGUUAUCAUUGUUGUUUUGUCACUUAAGCCGUGGGAAGACAACAACAGCAGUGGUGGUAGUGGUGGUGGAGGCAGUGGUGGUCAUGGUAACAAUACCCUGACAAUGUGAGGUCAAAGGUCAACAAAACACAGCAUAGCUCAGUUGCAGUGUAACCUCUGUAAACGAAACCCUGUAUAUUCUGAAAACCUGCAUAAACUACCUUCAAUGUGAAUUUAAGUCCCAUUGUACAUAUUGUUGUGUAAAUUGACAAUAUUUGUCAACCAAAAUCUUGUAUAUCCUGAACAAAAAUAUUGGACUGUGUUCUGUAGAUUCCUACAGUAUAUAUGCAAUGAAUGCAAUAACAAAGUUAAUAGACAAUGUUAACAUAGGUACUACUCUUACCCACAGGUUUUGUCAACACCUUUUUCAAUGUCAAGUAUAAUUUGAACAAAUAUUGUAUAAUUGGUAAAUUACCAUGUGACAUUGUUUCUGUUUAAAUUGCAAUCAUAAAAUUUGUGAAUACUUUAGCACAAUAUACAUUUAUCUAUUUUAAUGUAAUAUUUGUACAUUUAAGAUAUAAGAAAUCUUUCAUAAUCUGAUAAUUGUUCUGAAUGAAUAAGCGUUAAUGAGGAAAGUUUAUUUUGGAAAUUCAUCAAUACCCUGACAAUAGUAUCAGGUUGUGAUAUGAGGUUAAUGAAAAAAAUUCAAUCCCUAUACUAUAAGUGUAUAAGUUAUUUUCAGUGUAAAUAUUUUAUAGAGUGUUCAAUAUAAUGUUUUUUAAAUUGAAAGUUGGUUGCAUGCCAUCUUUUCUGAUGCUAUCAGAAUAACAAUUAAUAGUGUGGACUUUUCAAAGUUUUGAAAUAAUUGUUUCAAUUACAU